AGAGGCGCUGCUGCCGUCCGUCUGGGAGCCGGCCAUGCCGCGUCUGCCGCUGCUGCUCCUGCUCCUGCCAUCACUGGCCCGGGGUCUCGGGCUCCGCGACGCGGGUAGACGACACCCCGAGUGCAGCCCGUGCCAGCAGGAUCGCUGCCCUGCGCCCUCGCCUUGCCCAGCGCCCUGGAUCUCCGCGCGCGACGAGUGCGGCUGCUGCGCGCGCUGCCUGGGCGCCGAGGGCGCGAGUUGCGGGGGACCCGUGGGCUCACGCUGUGGCCCUGGCCUGGUGUGUGCGAGUCGCGCCUCGGGGACGGCGCCCGAGGGCACCGGGCUUUGCGUGUGCGCGCAACGCGGCGCCGUCUGCGGCUCUGACGGCCGCUCCUACUCCAGCAUCUGCGCGCUACGUCUGCGCGCCCGACAUGCACCCCGCGCGCACCAUGGCCACCUGCACAAGGCUCGCGAUGGGCCCUGCGAGUUCGCUCCCGUGGUCCUCAUGCCCCCUCGAGAUAUUCACAAUGUCACUGGGACUCAAGUAUUCCUUUCCUGUGAGGUGAAGGCUGUGCCCACCCCGGUCAUCACCUGGAAGAAGGUCAAGCACUCUCCAGAGGGCACCGAGGGGUUGGAGGAGUUGCCCGGAGACCAUGUCAAUAUAGCUGUCCAGGUGCGAGGGGGCCCUUCUGACCAUGAGACCACAUCCUGGAUUUUGAUCAACCCUCUGAGGAAGGAAGAUGAGGGAGUGUACCACUGCCACGCAGCCAACGCCAUUGGAGAGGCUCAGUCCCACGGCACGGUGACGGUCCUCGAUCUGAACAGAUACAAAAGCCUCUACUCCUCAGUUCCGGGUGACCUCCUGUGACGAACGUGGCUUCCAGAGACACUUGUCACAAGACGAUGAUGAUCAAGGAAUGGAUCAUUUUGCUCUGUGAAAUUUUGGGGAGACUGCCUGUAGAUGGCUGCUUUUGUAUGUUUUUUUUAAGGGAAUGCAAACUAGAUUCUUAUGCAGAUGUAGUUUUUAGCAGGGCAGACCUUGGGGUGGGGGUGGAGGGGAUGGUCGUGCAUGCAGCUUUUUUACACUUUUGGAGUGAAUCAGGUUUUUUAGAACAAUUCUUUUUUAACUCUUCUGUCCAAGAAAGGCCACACACUGUCUGUUUGUAAUUCUAAAGGGCUCAAAACAAGGCACAGGCCAGCUGACUCGUGACUUGGUGUCUGUAACUGCUUAGUGGGUGCUCUGAUUUGGUGCGUGUUAUGAAGGGAGGGGGUCCCUGUACCCCUAUCCUUGGAGACUGGGAUGGGUGUUUUUCCUUCUCUGUAGCCCAACCCACCAAGGGUGAGAUGGCCAGAUGGCCCUCCUAGAGUGAGAUGGCCCUGGGGGAACUAGCGCCCACCUAGAGUGUGAUGGCCCUAUAGCCAACCUAGAGUGAGAUAGCCCUGGGAAACUAUAACCCUGGCAUUCUUUUUAAAAACAUCACCUUGCAUGAACAGCUCAGGUGGCUCUUCUGUUCCUACCUUCUCCCUGUGACAAGGAGCUCUAGCUGUAGGUGGGACCCAUUGGCCAGCUGUGCACCUGCUAACCUAGCACUCUCCCAACAGAUAAACAGGAGACACCUGACCUUUACUGGAGACAGGACACCAGGUGUCAUCCGUAGGUGGUGGAAUCACACUGCAGCACGGUGCAUUUGUUCUUACCCGGGCAGAAGGCUGUCCUCCCUGCCUUAAUGGGGAAAGUUAAACAGGAGAAUAUCAGCUUUCUGAAAAGCAGGUUCCUGCCCUCUCCCCGCUUUUAGGUUUGGUUUUGUUUUUGCUUUUGUUUUUUGAGACAGGGUUUCACUGUAUAUCCCUGGCUGCCCUGGAACUCACUCUAUAGACCCAGCUGACCUCAGCUCACAGGAUAACUACCUGCCUCUGUUCCCAAAGUGCUGGGAUUAAAGGUGUGUGCCCGGCUGACUGCAGGUUCUUAACAUCUGGGUUGGAGUCCCUCAGUGUGACCAGACCUGAAAGUUCACGAGGCACUGUCCCAUCCAUCAGCCCAGCCAUGGCUGGAAGAUCAGGGAUUUUUGCCUUCCCAGUCUCCACUGAGCAGGCUCAGGGAGGAGGUGCCCUGCCCGUGUGAAGGCCUUAGAGCAGGACAGAACUGAGAGCUGCCUCCCUGCCUCCCUUGACCCAGAAUGACCCUGAACUAGGGAGAGGAGAUGUUCCACCCCCACCUGGUCCUAAGCACAUCUCGGCCUCUGGUCCCAGUUGCUGCUCAUGGCUGCCAUUGUGUAUUGGAGUUCUCACUCAAACUGAACUUUCUUCCUUUAACCCUAGCAGAUCUGAGUCUGAAAUGCUAGGAUGUGGUCGCCCCCUGUGUACUGCACACGCUGAGGGAGACAAGCCUGAGAAUCUGGAACUCAGUGCCCAGGGGCAUAUUCACUGUAUGACCCUGGGCAAGUCCCCUUCCCUUGUGGGCCUCUGUGUCCUCAAGUAAAUAUGUUGAAAGCCUUUCUCUGUGUAUAAAAUCAGAAAUGGGGAUGCCUUAGUUAGGGUUUUACAGUUCUGAACAGACACGGUGACCAAGGCAACUCUUAAAAAACCAACAACAACAACAACAACACGUAAUUGGGUCUGGCUCACAGAACUGCCCGGAUGCAGGAGGCCCCAGUGGAAGUGCUGAGACCUUCUGGGGCUGGGUUGUGUGUCACACUUAUGAGUGUCAUGGGUAAACAAUGUGUGAUGCAUUGUCUGAAAUGUUCACCAAU